CCAGACAUCGGCCUCCUCCAUUAUUGCAAACGUUCGUUUAAUUUCUUUCAGAGUUUUGACAAAAAUUAAGGAACCAUGGAAGAGGACGUCGGAAGGCCGGAGGUGCUGAUGAUCAAUCGCUACGUGAGGCUUCGGACCGCCACGGGGAACAUUGUAAGCGCUCUGGGAUUCCUGGCGUUGCUGUGGUCCACCGUCGUGCUCCUCGGAGGCUUCAUCGACGAUCUCCUGCUCAAGGAAUUCUGGGUCCUCACUGCACUCAGCUUCCUCAUGUCAUUCAGGAUGGCGGAAAUUAGUAACAACGAGCUCAGUAAAGGGAUUUAUUGGGAAGAGGAUGACAUCAUUGAUACUCUCCGGCAACAGAAAUGGUUCGAGGCGCAUAAGGUUGUAAUCGUGCUGCGUGUGGUGCAAGUACUGAAGUGGAUUUUUAUCGUGUGUUUUACCUUUCUGUAUGUUCUUUCGCCAUUUGUGAACCUGGGGGUCGCAGUGUGGCGUCUUGUACGACGAGAUUACGACGAUGUGGGUGGAGAUAUUGGCAACAGAUCAAAACUGUACGCCGCACUGGACAUCUUCUAUGGCCUAAUUCUGUUCCAGAGUUUAUUCGCCUCCUACUACAUAGUCAUUUUCAGUGUGAAGGGUAGAUUGCAAUCACGAACGGAAAAACACUGUGGGCUUGAAGAAAGGCGUAAAGAAAUCGUUUCCCUCUACUAUUCAGAAACAGCUAGGAAGUUCAGGAAGGACGGGGAGCUUCCUGACAAUUGGAACUUGAUCGCAUACGGUGUAGAGAAGCUCCAGUCUGCAUCUGGGGAUGACGACCAUCUAUGGGGAGCAAGGGUGUUAGACCAGUUGUUCAGUGAGGAUAAGUCUGUAAGACAAAAGCUACUGUCUUCCAGGAUCUCGGUUCAGAAUCUGAUCGGCAUGAUUGGUCUGAGAGGCACAGCUGAUAACGUCGAGAACAGAGAGCGUGCCGCAAGGAUUGUAGCACACCUUGCCAGUGACCUCAAUAUAGCUCACUUCCCGGGUACACUGCAAUGCAUCUGUUCCCUACUUGAAAGCUGUAAUAAGCAAUCUUGUGAGCCACAAGCUGCUGACACAGUACUGCAGAUCAAGGACCAAACUGAACAUGAAUCUGGAGGAGCCAGAGGGAUGGUUUCUCAAGGCCUGCUGAUUCUCGAGGGGCUCACACAGGGCGAAGAGAACUGUGCAGAGAUAAGCAAACACCCAAGGCUGCUCUCUAAGAUCACAUCACCACUGAGCAGCCCUGACUUUCUCAACACUGUGCGGGAGGACACAAUGGUUGUUCGAAUGCUAAGCAAGUCACUCACAGCGUUAAGCAGGAUACUUGCCUGCCAUGGGGAUGGCGCCACAAGGCUGCGCCAGGAACUUGCGAGUACCACAGAAGCUGUCAGCAAUCUGAUGGCUACUUUGGAGAAUGACAGCGGAGCUGCCCAAGAACUGCAUGGACAAGCCCUGGAGAUCCUGACGGAGUUAGCCUUUGAUGAUUCUUUCAAAAAGCUGGAGUUUAACAAGCUUCUCAAGGCCCUGCUAUGCAUCUUCCUUGAGGAAGCGUCCAGCAACAAUACUGUAGUUCAAGUGGAACAAGCAGACAGGGAAAAUGCCACCAGACUGAUGAGGGGAAAAGCAGGGGAAGCACUGGCCAGAUUGCUUCGCGUUAGCACUGCAAGAGAAAGAGAUGUUAAUGUUGCUGAUAUAAUUUCCAAGCAAGAGGUGAUCAACCUAUUGACCAAGGUGCUCGAUCAAAUAUUAUCUAGUAAAAUGGGAACAAGUGCAGAUGCAGCAGAAAAUUUUGAGGAAAACCAGCCCACAGAAGAAAGAAAGUUUAUGGCAGCCAUGUUAUCCCUCGCCGUGGUGAUAUGCAACGAAAAUGUGAUCAGUAGAGAAGAUUUUGCUCGAUCCACCCCAGAAGAUGCAGCACUUGCGAAGAAGCUAAAAGACAUACUGGAAGCAAACAAGCAAUGCACGGCUGAGUCUGAGUGUUUGAGAGUAGUGAAACUUACCUGCCAGAUGGUGAUAGCUAUGAUUCAAGCCAAGCCCAGCUGCAUCCAACGUUUCAAUGAACAUAAUUUCAAGGAAGCACUGACCGAGACUUUGGGAACCAUGUCGGAGGUUGAUAACUGCAUGCUCUUUGCUGGGAAUGAUGGUGAGGUAGCACAUCCCCUGGUGAAGCAGAGACUAACUGAACUACUGAAGUCAAGCAGAGGCCAUUUGUUCAGGAUUCUGUACCUGACAGCAACCAAGUAG